GCGGGGGCAGCCUGGGCCGUGCGUCCGCAGGGGCCGGGGCCGGGGCGGCGCAGCGCGGCGGGCUGACGUCAGGACGGGGCUGGCGCUGCCGCUGGCGCUGGCGGAGCGGGGCCGGCAGCGGGAGCGGGGCCGGCAGCGGCAGAUUAAGCAACAAUGGCAUUUGUGAAGAGUGGAUGGCUGCUCCGGCAAAGUACUAUUUUACGGCGUUGGAAGAAGAACUGGUUUGACCUGUGGUCUGAUGGCCGCUUAAUAUUCUAUGAUGAUCAAAAUCGCCAUGAUAUAGAAGAUAAAAUCCACAUGCGAAUCCAUUGCAUCAACCUCAGAGUGGGGAAUGAAUGUCGAGAUUUCCAGCCUCCAGAGGGGAAGCAGAGAGACUGUUUACUGCAGAUUGUUUGCCGUGAUGGGAAGACAGUCAACCUCUGUGCAGAGAGUGCAGAUGACUGCCUGGCAUGGAAAAUUGCUCUCCAGGACGCCAGAACAAACACAGGCUACGUGGGAUCUGAUGUGAUGUAUGAUGAGACAGCCAUUUCCUCAGCCCCUCCUCCCUAUACAGCUUAUGCCACACCAUCGCCUGAGGUUUACAGCUAUGGCUACGAUCAGUACAAUGGUGCAUAUCCUACUGGUCCUCAAGUCUUCUAUGCCUCCAAUGGACAAGCUUAUGCUGUUCCCUAUCAGUAUCCGUACCAAGGACCUUAUGGCCAACCCCCUGCAAACCAUGUCAUUAUUCGAGAGCGUUACCGUGACAGCGAUGGAGAUCUUGCACUGGGCAUGCUUGCUGGAGCAGCAACUGGAAUGGCUCUGGGAUCGUUAUUCUGGGUCUUCUAGAUUACCCAUUCCUUAUCUUUGUAGUUCCAAAAACCUUUAUUGUGUGCAAUAAUAUAUUGGCAAUGUUGUUUACUGUUAAAGUUUAAGAAAUGCAAUAGUUAUUUUUCAGUAGUGACAUCUUAAUAACUGAUUCUUAACUGUCCUAAGGAGAGUUUAAAGGCACCAUUUAGUUAAGUGGUUGGAGAUGGCACGUGCUGUUCUUGAAUUCUGUUCUGAUGUUUGGAGUUACAAGGAUUUGUACUGAUAAGGAUCAAUAUAAGCACCAAUGUAACAUGGUAGCAGUCACUAGCUUUAUGAAUAGACUGUUAUUGUAAACACCGUAGAAAAAAUUGAUUUUUUGGGGGGUCUAAAAUAUGGUCCAAAUAGGAGGUUUAUAGGAGCCCUACAUUAGUAUAUAUGUACUACUGGCUUCUCAAAAUCCCCUGGACAAACAUACAGCUCAGCAGAAACUCCUUGGCAUUAGGUAGUCAGCCAUGCUUGAGGAUUUUUUUGUUUUCAGACUUGCCUGCAGAUAGUAGUAUAUUUUCUUAGAUGGAGUCCUAUACCUGUAUCUCACACCAUCCAGGUGAAGUUGUCUUUGAGAAUGUAUAAGCAAACUGCUAAGAAGCAACAGCACUCCUCAGUUCUUUUAUUCUCCCAGAAAUGUGAAUGACCAGUGGCAAGGAAGACCAAUGUUUGUUGUUCCACCUCCCUCUUUAUAAUGAAUCACUCUUCUCCGGUCAGAUGGAAGUAAUGGAUCUUUAGCUUUGCAAGUGGUCUUCCUUGUCUUGAGAACAGCUGCCUCAGACACUGUACCAACUGCAUUGCUGAGGAAGAGGCCAUUGUCUAGUGUCUCUGCUCAUUACUGCUAUCACUCUGCAGCCUGCAGGAGGAGAACUAAUGUGAACAACCCUUGCCCUGUUGGGCCUACCAGAACCCCUCUGCAGGCAGUAAUAGUCAAGAGGGGAGAGACAAACACCACAAGUAGGCCUUGCACACAGGCACUUUGGUAUCAGCCGCCUUGCCACGGCUAGGAUAGCAUGUCAGCCUCUUAGCCUCCAAGGUUUCCUGAACCAGGUUUGUUAUUUGCAACUAGUUUUGAGCACAGCUGAGCCUGGGUUUGUUCUAUGCACACUUCCCCCUCACAUUCAGCAGGUCUCUUUUUCCCUCCAUGACUUAAGGAAAACACUCCAAGGAACCCAGCUGGCUUAUAUGUCUGGUUCCUUACAUGAUGUGCUCCUGUAGGCUAUGUUACAAUACUAUGGACUGUAACCUGGAGUGCAACUGUUAUGAGUGUUAUGUGGCCUAUCACCUUAUCCUGCUAUAAUCCAUAUAGCUGAGCUGUGCUUGGCAGGGGAAAGAAAGCUCUGAAGAAAUGCACAUGCUUUGUUAUUCAGGUAAAAGAGACAGGGUGCCUAAGUUGAGCUCUUUAUAGUAAGAGGACUUAUUUUUAUACUUCCAGUUCUGGCUUCCUGUAUUCAUACUGUUUUAAUAUGUUAAGUCUUAUGCUUUCAUUCAGAAGUAGGUUAAUUUCCUUAAGGUUCAUGGGGUUUUGGGUGUGUCAGGAAAGAUGAAAACAAAUGAGAAUUUGCACCCAUAUAAGUUUAGAUCAAGCCCCAACCUUUUUCAUUUCAUCCUAAAGCUGUCUUAGCUCUAUCCUACAUAUUUAAGCAACAGAGGUCUUGGACAAGAGUUUGGGUAGCAGCCAGGGGAAGCACUAAGCUUUCAUGACUCUUAAGACCAACUCAACAAACUGAAAUCAUUGGAAGGAAACAGACAAGUGUAAUCUUGGCUGCAUUACUAGGAGUGGGCCUAAUCCAGGGAACGUAAACUUCUUUCAAGAAACUUUGGCUCAGAACUGUGUACCAAUGUGCAUGGAUGUCCUUUCACAGAUUAAUACCAGCUGCAUCUGUUCUGCCAGUGGUAUGUACUGAAAAGGACUUGCUGGAGGGUCAAGAGAGGACUAAAGCAGAAGUUUCCUAUUGAUAGUCCAAACAAAAAAAAAAAUUUGAGUACACCAUUCAAGUUCUCUUAGAGGCCUGGUACUCUUGAGCUCAGAAAGAGAUGGUGACUGCCUGGAACUGAAGUGAACAAACAUUUCUACCCUUUUUAAGCCUUGAGAUAACCUUGAAGCUGAUUACAGGUCUACACUGCUGUUUAGUUUAUGCUUUGCAAUAUAACUAGUUCUGCAGAAUGCCUCCAUCUCCUCUUCUACCUGUGUGGUAUUUAGCCUGUAAGUGCGGGGGAGAAUAAAACAAUUGAUCAUUAUUUUCUUUUCAGUUUCAUAAUGAUUGUGAAAGAAUAGCACAAAGUAAAUCAGCUAGUAAUUUUAAGUUUAAAGUUUUAUUGCUUGGGGUUUGGUUUUGCUUUUUGGUUUUUUCCCCAAGAGCUGUUGAUCACAGUAGGGGAACGUGCCUCUUGUGCUUUCAGGAGAUAUCUGUAUCUAGGUCCCCCGUUUCUUCAAGUGAAGUAUGUAAGAUAAAGACUGUUGAUUGCAAAACAUUCCUGGGUCGAAUUCAAAGCAAGAAAUGAUGUUUUAGAAAUUAGAAAGCAAAAAAACUGUGCUAGAGCAUAAAAUCAAGAGAGUAGUUGUAUUACUGCAGGUGUUUGUAGCCUUUCUGAUCUCACUGAAGAAACAGAAGUGGAAAUGUCUUGGUGCACAAAGCAGCAGCAUGGGGAUAGCCACUUGAAUUCACUGGUUGCUAAAGCUCAGACUUGCUUCCUGAAGACAUGGCCAUACCUCCUGUUGCUCAGGGGCAGAAUGGAGAUUUGGUCGUAUCUAUAGUAAUGUCCAGCUGGAUCCACAGUCAUGACUCAAAUAGCCUUUCUCUGCCCAGUCCCAUACUUCCUGUAUCUGCAGUUUGUGUAGAUGCUGGUGUGAGCUGAAGAAGCAGGCGCAGAGUGGAUUUUGGAGCUUGGGGGGACUGCCAUAUCAGUAGGAUAGGUGAGACCAUAGUGGUGGGAAGAGGCAGUGGGUGCGGCAAGGUAAUUUUCAAAACAGAUUGCAAUGAUAGUACUAAACAGGUAUUUGUUUCUGAAUGGUGCUAUUCAUGAUGCUGUGAUUCCAGUUACACCUGCAUAGCACCCAAGCACAUGCCUUUCUACCUGGGGCCCAAUAGUUGACCUCCCUAAAGCUAUAGGAGGUCCACAGCCAGUACAGUGCCACUGUUUUUUUGCAGUGUAUGCCAUCAGUUAAGGAUGACUAAAUCUGUUGUAUAGCAGUUAAGAGUCUGUUCAGAAUUAAAUAGCAGUGCUUACAGAGGUCAUGAGUCUAUAUACUCACCUAUGACUAGUUUUGGACUCUCAGUUAUGGACAGCUGGACAAAGCCAGGCUUCCAGAGACUGGGGUGGAAAUGCUCAGCCUUCUGCUAAGUCUGACCACAUUAAAGAGGUGAACCAGAGCCCCCUCCCAAAUUCUUAGUUACAUGUGAAAACAUAGCUAGUGGCUUCUUUUACUUAAACAUGGCAUGUAGGGAGCCAGCCUCUUCUAGCGAAUAGGUAAAGGCUUAUGAACUGGAGAGGAGGGGGUAAAAAGACUCAGCUUUUCUAAUGCUGAAGCACAUUCUGAGCUGCAUCUAGAUGGAGCUACCCUAAAUACCAUACAACACUGGCUUUAUUUUGUUUGUUCUUCAGCAGAGAUUCAAUAGGUGAUGGAAUCAGCUAAGCAAGAUGAGUAAAGGAGAAAAUUCACACCCAUGUUCCUCAAAUCCAUGUGUGGCUUUUCCUCCUCAUGAUAUGACUAAGAUGGGUAUGUGUAAGUCAUGGAGGGUAGCAUGCAGCAAAUGUGUGUGUCCCCCCUGAAACUUCAUGUUCUUGUGCACUAUCCUAACUUCUUAAAUGCUGCUUUUACUUUAUGUCCUCAUUCUCAUUAUUAAUUUAUAGCAAAAUACCCUUAACAAUAAAAUUCAUAUUUAAGUGUAA